AAAAAUAUUAAUUCUUCUUGUAGUGUUGCAAUGGCUAGUCUUGGGUUACCAUUUCAUGAUAAGGAAAACACAUCUACUUCAAACUUUGGCUUUGUGAAAAAUGAAAGACUAAAGACAUCCAAGUUAGUGAAUCCUUCCCGAAGUGUUAAAAAGGUUCAUCAAUCUGUGACUAAUAGUCUUCCCCGAAGAGCUUUAGGUAAUGUGAGCAAUAUCACUCCAUCUGUGAAGGAUGACUAUCACUAUGGGCAAAUGAAAGGUAGUGAUAUUCAGAUCAAGAAACCAACAACUGUGUUAUCAGGCUCUGGUAAGAAAAUGCGGAAGGUACCAAAGCCAACAAGUGGGAAAUUACAGGGUGAUAUAAUAUCACCUGCUGUGCUGUCCACACCACAUUCAGUGCAAAAUGAAGACUACCCAGAAAUAGAAUAUAUGCCAGUAUAUCCAGAACCUGAAGAUAAUUAUGAAGAUAUCCUCCCACUAAAUGAACGGCUUACAGUGAAAGACAUACAAUGGUUGAAAGAUUGGAAACCUAAAUGUGUAUCUCUAGCUCGAUCUCCAUCUCCUAGGCCUAUGCCUCUCCCAGUGGAACCUAUAGCACAGUGGCUUACUAUAGUACCUGAUGUUAGAUUGGAAUUAUCAGAUGAUCGAAUUGAGACAUGCAGCAUUUUGCCUAUUCCGUUUCCUGGCAAUGACAUUUAAUAAACUUUUCUUUGUAAUUUCUAAAAUCACUUCAUUGUAUUUAAUGGUGUACUUCUUUUGUAUAACAUUUUUAAUACUUCUGACUAGUUUUAAGUUAAAACAUAAAUUCAUGCUGAACAGUGAUCUAUGUAUAAAUUUUGUAAUGUGAAAUGCUCCUUUUAUUCUAUUAGAACUAAAUUCAUUUUAGUUAUA